AUGGCGGAGGCCUUGAAUCAUUUUAAAAAAGACUACAGAGCAAGAUUCUGCCAUGGAGGAGGAAAUAAGAUUGAUGUCCGGCCAGGUCAAAACGUACUGAAACUCAUACAGGAUUGUUUUGAAAGUUGUAGCAGUGAUCUUACGAUAAGGUCUCCAAGUGCAACCCAUUGCUCAACUCCUGUUGUCAGAAACGAGAAGAGGACAUCAAUACAGAGCCAGAGGCCAAAGGCAGGGUUAACUAACUCUGUGAAAACAGCCUGUAAUUCUUCAGAGUCCUUAUCCGCAUCACCACUAAAAACAGUCAGCAACAGAGGAUGGUCACAUGAAUCACCCCUGAAGCCUGCAAUACACGAUUACGUAGCUGAUUCUAAAAAAACAGAGUCUCCUGUGUCUCAAAGAGAAACAAAUAAUAUCUUAAAAGAUGUUGAAGCACUAUGCAAAAGUCCUGCCAUAUCUUCAGACCCUGAGGAUGAUGAUGGGUUUGUUGGAUCACCUCUUCUUGUGGAGGAAGCAAAAAGUUCUCCUGUACAUAUAUUACAUUUUGAUGACCAAAAUACUCCUGCUGCAGUGAAGAGCCAUGUGGAAGUUGAAAAUUUGCAAGGACCUCAGACUGGGGGAGAUGAGCAGGUUGUUCUCGUGAAAGGAACAGAAUCUAUUGCAACGUCUUCUGUACAGAAAGAGAGGCGUUUCUCUUCGGUCGUCUUAGCAGCUGUAGCAACAGGAACUCUUGGGAAAAGGUAUUCAGCCUCAAUAUCGCCACCAUCACCUCCUCCUGUGAAAGAUCAAGAUAUAGAAAUAGAAAAUGAAUGUGAAUUUUUAAUUGAUGAAUCAAAUGUAUCUUUUAAUUCUUGGUUUUCAAUACCCCAUAAGAACAAAAAAUCAAAAAAAGGUGGCUCUGCAACUCCUGUUUCUAAAUCUCAGCCCUCUGAAAAGGAGAAGACAGAGGGUAAGAAAGGCAAGAACAGAAAAGUACAGGUUGAAGCACUUACUAAACAGAAAAUUGAUGAUUUGGAUGUCAGAGUACAUGACUUCAGAGGAACCUCAGAAUCAGAUCCAGUCUCUAACAGUAAAGGAAAGGUCCUUAAAUCUCAAAGGCAAAAGAGUACUCAUACGGGAAAGAUUAAAAAGGAUGCACUUAGGCAAGACUCUCCCAAACGAAAAAAGGACACGUCCUCGAAACCAGAAGCUGAAGAACUGAUGUUGUCAUGGUCUGGGUUGGAAACAAAAGCAUCUGAUGCAGAACAAUGUAAAACAGGGGUGACGCCCAGUGAGGAUUCGCCUUUGCCCUCAGCUGGGCAUCAGCAAGAGCGGACUGUUUCUCCAAAAAAGAGUCUCAAGUCUUCCAAGUAUCUGCAGUCGGCUUCAAAAGCUUCUCAGCAUUUAGUUCACAAGAAACAAACUGCUAAGCAGAAACUUCCAAAAGAUACAGUAGCUAAGAGACUGGCAGAAGGUCCGAGGAAGAAGCUUAAAAAACCUGGCAAGAAAAGUAGUAAUAAAAAGCCCCAGUUACAAAGAGAGGAGAGUUCUGACAGUGAACCCGGUGAAGAAGAGCUCGAAAGAGAGCCUGUAGAACUGAAUGAAGUCUUUACCUCACCCCUGCAUCAGAAAUCAGAGACUUCCGUGAUUCAGAAGUUGGCUAAGUCUGAAAAGCCUAAAAAUGUGUUGCACACAUCGGAGUCAUGUGGUGGUGCAAAUAACAAAACUCCUGUAAAAGCACUACAGCGUCUCACAGACAGUGUGAAGAAUUCUGAAAAGAGACAGUUGUCAGCUACGUCUUCAGGGAAGAUACCCAAAAAGAUUUAUCGCAGAACCAGUGAAGGUGUUUGCUCAAACCCUGAGGACAUCAAGUCUCAAGCGGAUUCUGACAGCUCUUCUCUACAGGAUGUGGCAAGAAAGAAACAGAAGUUAUCAGAUGUGAAGAUAAAAAGUAACAAAAGAAAACGUAACACGCAACAUGGACUACAAGAUGCCUUUGCAGCUGAGAAGGCUACGAGUCAUGAAAGUGGGCCUGUUCUAGAACAUUGUGAUAAAUUUGCUUCCAGAAGUAAGCCUUGUGAACAGGAUGAUACAUCUUCAGAUAAUUCUGAAGACUUGAAUUGUCAAGUAAGAGUUCUGUUGUCAGACAGCAUAGCAAGGCAUAAAAUCGUAAUGCCUUCCAACACACCUAAUGUUCGUCGGACAAAAAGGAUACGACUAAGACCUCUGGAAUACUGGCGAGGCGAGCGUGUAAACUAUACGAUGAGGCCUUCAGGAGGGCUUGUGAUUAGUGGAAUAGUGUGUCCAGAAACAGAACCUGACAGGAAGAUUAAGCGGAGGAAGGCUGGUCAAAAGCAGAAAAGACGUGAAACAAGAAGUGAGAUACCUGCAAAUUUGGAUCACACCCUAGCUGAUACUUCUAAGCCAACCAUUGUACUGGACCCAGUAACAAAUGAGGAAGUACUUCUCGAAUGUGUUAACACUGAAAGCAGUCACUCGUGCUUCUUCAAAGAUGAAUCGGUAGAAAUAUAUAAAAAUUUGAAUACAUCUGCUUUUGCCAGCGGUAGAUUGAUUUUGAAACCAUUUAAAGAAAAGGGACACCAGUUUGUCCACAUGGAUACAAUAGCUUUCCAUGUUAUCCACGGCAAAAUUAUUGUUACCUUACAUAAGACAUCGUACUAUCUGAUGACAGGGGACUUCUUCUAUGUUCCAGCAGGAAAUGGAUAUAACAUACGUAAUCUUCUGAAUGAAGAAAGUGUUCUUCUCUUCACACAACUCAAAAAAGACAGGUGA